AUGCACUAUGAAGUUGAGCUUGGUCUCAUCAUGGGGAAGACAUUGCGGGAUUUGCAUCCUGAAGAUACGAAGGGUGCUAUGGAUGCUAUCGAAGGCUACAUUCUCGCCAUCGAUAUGACAGCUCGCAACGUGCAGGACGAGGCGAAAAGAAAAGGACUCCCAUGGUCUAUCGCAAAAGGCUUCGACACGUUCAUGCCCAUCAGCAACUUCAUCGCGAAAAACAGAAUCCCAGACCCACAGAAAGCACACCUUUGGCUCUCAGUCAACAACGAGAUGAAGCAGUCUGACAACACUGAGCUGAUGCUUUUCCGAAUCCCAAGACAGCUGAGCGAUAUUAGCAGGGUCAUGACACUGGAGAAGGGCGACAUCGUACUUACGGGAACCCCGAAGGGUGUAGGCCCAGUGAAGACGGGCGACGUUAUGCGUGCAGGGCUGAAGGUCGAUGGAAAAGAUAUCGAAGAGGCAAGUUUGGAGGUGCGAGUUGCGGAUCGCGAGGGCUUGUACGAGUUCAGCGAGACAUAG